AUGGCAACAACCAAUGAGGCAGCAAUCAAUGGGGCAGCAGCCAAUGAGGCAGCAAUCACUAUGGCAGCAACCAAUGUUGCAGCAACCAAUGAGGCAGCAACCAAUGAGGCAGCAACCAAUGAGGCAGCAACCAAUGUGGCAGCAACCAAUGUGGCAGCAACCAAUGAGGCAGCAACCAAUUUGGCAGCAGCCAAUGAGGCAGCAACCAAUGAGGCAGCAACCAAUGAGGCAGCAACCAAUGAGGCAGCAGCCAAUGAGGCAGCAACCAAUGAGGCAGCAACCAAUUUGGCAGCAGCCAAUGAGGCAGCAACCAAUGAGGCAGCAACCAAUGUGGCAGCAACCAAUGUGGCACCAACCAAUGAGGCAGCAACCAAUUUGGCAGCAACCAAUGAGGCAGCAACCAAUGUGGCAGCAACCAAUAUGGCACCAACCAAUGAGGCAGCAACCAAUUUGGCAGCAGCCAAUGAGGCAGCAACCAAUGAGGCAGCAACCAAUGUGGCAGCAACCAAUGUGGCAGCAACCAAUAUGGCAACAACCAAUGAGGCAGCAAUCAAUGGGGCAGCAGCCAAUGAGACAGCAACCAAUGAGGCAGCAACCAAUGAGGCGGCAACCAAUGAGGCAGCAACCAAUAUGUCAGCAGCCAAUGAGGCAGCAACCAAUGAGGCAGCAACCAAUGAGGCAGCAACCAAUAUGUCAACAACCAAUGAGGGAGCAAUCAAUAUGGCAGCAACCAAUGAGGCAGCAACCAAUGAGGCAGCAACCAAUAUGGCAGCAACCAAUCUUGCAGCAGCCAAUGAGGCAGCAACCAAUGAGGCAGCAACCAAUGAGGCAGCAACCAAUAUGUCAACAACCAAUGAGGCAGCAAUCAAUAUGGCAGCAAUCUAUGGGGCAGCAGCCAAUGAGGCAGCAACCAAUGAGGCAUCAACCAAUAUGGCAGCAACCACUGUUGCAGCAGCCAAUGAGGCAGCAACCAAUGAGGCAGCAGCCAAUGAGGCGGCAAUCAAUAUGGCAGCAACCAAUGAGGCAGCAACCAAUGAGGCAGCAACCAAUAUGGCAGCAACCAAUGAUGCAGCACCCAAUGAGGCAGCAACCAAUGAGGCAGCAACCAAUAUGGCAACAACCACUGUUGCAGCAGCCAAUGGGACAGCAGCCAAUGGGGCAGCAACCAAUAUGGCAACAACCACUGUUGCAGCAGCCAAUGGGACAGCAGACAAUGGGGCAGCAACCAAUAUGGCAACAACCACUGUUGCAGCAGCCAAUGGGACAGCAGCCAAUGGGGCAGCAACCAAUAUGGCAACAACCAAUGUUGCAGCAGCCAAUGAGGCAGCAAUCAAUGUGGCAGCAACCAAUGAGGAAGCAAUCAAUGAGACAGCAACCAAUGGGGCAUCAACCAAUGGGGCAGAAACCAAUAGGGCAGGAACCAAUGGGGCAUCAACCAAUGGGGCAGAAACCAAUGGGGCAGGAACCAAUGGGGCAGGAACCAAUAGGGCAGGAACCAAUGGGGCAGGACCCAAUGGGGCAUCAACCAAUAUCCCUAUUAGUUGUGUAAUCUAG